UUAAGUCUUAACUAAAACAUGUUCAGUUUCCGAGUUGUGGUGCUUAUCUUGGGAUGCCUUUGCUUAACUGAAGCUGAAAGAGAUACCCUAAACCCAGGUGAUAAGCUGAGUUCCAAUUCAUCUGAUAAUCUUGUAUCCCCAAAUGGGAAUGUCACCUUAGGCUUCUUCAGACAAGAGUACGGUCAGACUUGGAAUGACAAAAGCUUUGGAUAUUAUUUGGCUAUGUGGUACGCCCAAGGCACGUCAUACAACCAUUCGAUUUGGUUAGCUAACCGAGAUGAUCCCAUCGCAGACGAUUCGGGAGUUCUUGUCCUAGAUGAUACUGGACUGAAAAUUACACGCAUCGGUGGGAAUCCUAUCCAACUUUUCUCACUUCAAUCUACCUCUAUCACCAUCAACACUUCCGAUAUGAAGGCGGUCUUACAAGAUUCGGGGAAUCUUGUUUUGCAAGGUACAAAUGAGGAAAAUGGGGAAAACGUAGUAUUGUGGCAAAGCUUUGAUUAUCCAACUGAUAGUUUUCUACCUGGGAUGAAAUUGGGGGUCAGCAAUGAGAGAAGCUUCUCACUUACAUCUUGGUUGACUGGUUCAAUCCCCGCGUCUGGAUCGUUUACAAUGGAAUGGGAUCCUGCACGAAAUCGAUUAGUAGUUUGGCUUAGAGAGAGGAUUUUGUGGACAAGUGGUGAAAAUUUUGAAAAUUUUGGCACCUUGGAUCCAGUCAACAUGAAUUAUGUUUUCACUAAUGUUUCUAAUCCAAAUGAGAAGUACGUUUAUUAUACUCUUAUAAUUAGUCAAUAUACUCCGGAAGAGCGAAGGAAAAACGGUAGGAUAGUGUUGCAGGACGAUGGGGAUUUACUACUUGGAGAAAUCUAUACAAAAAAUUUACUACUCUGUGAUGGUAAUAGCACAGAGAAUGGUUGCGAGAGAUGGGAAGGACCAAAGUGCCGAAAGAAAGGUGAUAAGUAUGAAUUAAGAACCAUACGACCUUACCAUAAAGAUUCUUUAAACGACACAUUAUAUGGAAACAACAAUCUUUCCUUGAAUGAUUGUAAGGACAUAUGUUGGGAAGACUGCAAAUGUUUGGGAGUUGCAGUGCAGGACCUUCCUUGUCGGUUUCUUUUAGGGUAUUAUUAUGAAGGUGUGUCGUAUGGAUCUUCAUAUGCAGUAAUAAAUCGCAACCGUCCAAAGUCGAAAACUUGGAUAUGGAUUUUAAUCUCUAUAGCAAUGGCUCUAAUGAUCAUAGUACUGCUUUCCACUCUGUUUUAUUUGAGAAGGCGAAGGCAAAUUAGAAAGGAAGAAGAGUACCUACUUGACUUAAUGACUUCAGAAGAUGCAAAUGACGUAUCAGAGCUUCAAACUGGAAACAAUGGUCGUAAUCUAAACAUAUAUACAGCAGCCUUAAUAAUGUCCGCUACAAAUGGCUUCUCACCAGAUAAUUUGCUUGGAAGAGGUGGCUUUGGACCCGUUUUCAAGGGAGCAUUGGAUGAUGGACAAGAAGUUGCAAUAAAGAGAUUAUCAAGCGGAUCAAGCCAAGGGCUAGUGGAGUUCAAAAAUGAGCUUAUACUUAUAGCCAAACUGCAACACACAAACCUUGUGCGGCUCUUAGGCUUUUGCGUUCAAGGAGAAGACAAAAUGCUGGUCUAUGAGUACAUGCCUAAUAAAAGCUUGGACACUUUUAUCUUUGAUGACUCCAAAAGGAAGCUAUUAAAUUGGGAUAAGCGUUUUAGCAUUAUUGAAGGGAUAGCUCAAGGGCUACUUUAUCUUCAUAAAUACUCUAGAUUGAGAAUCAUUCACAGAGAUUUGAAGUUGAGUAACAUAUUGCUUGACGAAAACAUGAACCCCAAGAUAUCAGAUUUUGGGUUGGCCAGGAUAUACAAAACCGGUGAAGCUGGAUCAAAUACGAACCGGAUUGUCGGCACAUAUGGUUACAUGUCUCCAGAAUAUGCAAUGGAAGGAAUAUUCUCUGAAAAAUCUGAUGUAUACAGUUUCGGAGUUAUGGUUUUGGAAGUUGUCAGUGGUCGGAAAAAUAGCAGCCAUUUUGAGUUUGAUCGUCCACUUAACCUGGUUGGAUACGCAUGGGAACUAUGGAAACAUGGUGGAGCAUUAGAAUUAAUGGAUCCAACUUUAAGUGAUUCAUGUUUUAAACAAUACCAAGUUUUAAGAUGCAUUACAUUGGGUCUGCUAUGCGUGGAAGAUAAUCCGUUAGAUAGGCCAACGAUGUCUGAUGUUAUCUCUGUGCUAAACGGAGAGAUGCAAUUGGCAUUGCCAAAACAGCCUGCAUUUUCCACUGGAAGAAGGAUUGUAGAAACAAAUAUAGAGAACAAAGAGGUGGAAAUUUACUCAUUGAACGGCCUAACCAUGUCUACCAUGGAUGCAAGAUGACCAAAAGACUUAAUACUCUUAUUUUUUAUGUUUCCUGAUCAUGUUUAAAGUAUUAUUUAAGAUAUUCUUUUUAUAUUACACCUCUUAAAAAUUAAAGUAGUUUUAUGUACUUUUAUAACUAUUUAUAUCAUUAGUUUUUAACAAUGCAAUUUUUAUAUUUUAUGAUC